AUAAGUAUGCCCAAUGCGUGAAUUGCUAAUAUGCCCUAUCAUAUACAGACAGUUGGUGUCGCCAUCUUUCCUUUCCAAGAAUCUGACUCUCUCUAUAUCCACUGCGAUAUUUUCUUCUCUUAGCUUUCUGUUUUCUCUCUUCGCCAUAAGCUAAACCAUGAAUUCAAUGGCCACGCUCACCUCCGCUUCUUCCAUUCUCAGAGCCUCUCCGCUUGGUACCUCCUCUUCUCUUUCAAAGUUCUCAAAAUUCCAUUUCUCUCCACCAUCCACCUCCUCGUCUUUUCGUGUAAUCUGCCGUGGAAAAUUGCCUCCGAGUGACCUCAAAUUUGUGCUUCACCAUGCCUUGGAUUCCUCUGGAAUCGACACUACUCAUGCCAGAGAAGCGAGGAAGGGAUUCUUGUCACAGAUUGAGAAAUUAACGAUUAUUGAGAGGGAAACUAGUAUUAGCAUCAAUAAACGUGUGGAUAUUGGUAAAACGGCGCUUUACAUCGCCGCUGAAGAUGAUUCUCUUGUAUCUCAUUCUUCGGUUGCACUUCCGGUGGAUUCUUUUGUUGAUAGAUUGUAUGACCUUUCCAUGGGCUUCUGUACUGAUAAUAGCUCAUCUCUCAGUUCCUCCCCUGAGCAAUUUCUCGAAAAUUUAGAGAGGUAUUUGUAUGUGAAGAAGGGUUUUAGGAGAAACCAUGGAGGGAACGAAUUAGACACCCGAGUUUUAUAUCUCCAUUCUGUAUUGACGCAUCGAACGGGUUCGGCUGCUAUGCUUUCAGUUAUAUACUCUGAAAUGCUGAAACUGCUUCGCAUGUGGAGCCUUUUGGAUUUUGAUUGUGAGAUAUUCUUCCCUCACGAUCGUUUUGGCCUUCCCAAAGGUUAUCAUAAGCAGAAAAGUGUUGAAUCUGAUCAACCACACAUAAAAACAACUCAAACUCUGUUAGAGGAGAUUUUGAGAAAUUUGAAGGAGACUUUCUGGCCAUUUCAACAUGACUACUCCAAGAGUUCAUUCUUAAGGGCAGCAGAUGCGGCCAAUUUUGUUGAUAGGUCAAGCGUUGCUCAAGAAAGUGGAUUUCAACUUGCGUCAGCAAAGGCUGCCCAACAUAGGCUAGACCGUGGUGUUUGGACUAGUGUGCGUUUUGGGGACAUGAGGCGUGCUUUAGCUGCAUGUGAACGUCUAAUAAUCCUUGAAUCUGACCCAAAAGAAUUAAGAGAUUACAGCAUUCUUCUAUACCAUUGUGGAUUUUAUGACCGAUCACUGCAAUAUCUCAAGUUGUAUCAGGAAAGAAAGAGUUCUUCAUUACAAAAGCAAUCAACCAAUAAACUUAGCAACCUGGAGGAAGCUGCUGUGGAAAAACUGAUGACACGCCUCAACCUAAUUUCAAUGGAAGACGGCUGGAGCAAGCCUUCAAAUGUUAGAAAUUUCCUUGGAAACAACUCUGAACCAUGGUAGAGUGUUUAUGUUAUGUCCCAUGCAGGGCAAGAAAAAAGUUUUGUUUUUCAUGUUCACUUAAACCACAAGUAAAUUUCGAUUCAUGCCAAGUGAGAGAAGGUUGGUUUGCAUUUUGACGAGGAACAUAGAAUCAUGGAAGGGUUUCAGUCAUGACAGAAAUAGCAAAUGCGGAGCACAAGGUCACCUGGAACUAUCGGUUUGAUGCAUUGGUCAAUAUCUAAAGCCUGGUUUUGAUGGGGGAGUGGAUUUGGGUCAACUCAAUUGAGUUGGUUUGUAUUUAUUAUUAUGUAUAAUAUUGUAAUUCUAACAAGGUAAUAUAGAGAAAUGAUAAUUACAUAAUUGACAUUUGAGAUAGCCUCAAUUUCCGGAA